UUUCGUUUAUUAUACAUGCUGUUUAGUAUAUUACAAGUUUUUGUACAAGUAGGAACUAAAACUUUUAUUUAAGCAAAAAGUGAUUUCUAAUUUAUAUAUCUGCAAUCAUUGGAAAAAAUUAAAAACAUAGGAAAAAAACCUGGAUACCAAAUGCAAUGUGGCCGAAUGAAAACAAAUUUAUUAUCAACAUAAAACUAUCUAAGUUUUUAGGUUUAAUUUCGCUUAUUAAUCCUAAUUCUCCAAAAUUGUAUAAUAAUAAUGUUUAUCAUAUUAUUAUACGAUUAUUUUUAGGAUAUAUUUUUAUUAUUGAAAGUUUAUGUGUGGCUGGCCUUUAUUUUUGGAAUAAUAACUUUAACCAAUUUACUACGAUUUUAGAAAUUAUAAUAAACUCUUCCUUUAUGAUCUAUAAAACAGUAGCAAUAGUUAAACAUUCAAAUAAAAUCUGGAAAAUAUUAGACUUUACUCGAAUUGAUUUUAUGAAGUACAUUUAUCAUGAAAGAUAUACUCUUGAGAAAUGUCGAAAAAAAUCUAUACGCCUUACCAAUUUGUAUACUAUAACAUGCUAUUUUGCAUGUUUGUCCUGGGUUUUCAUGCCGUUUUUUACGAAUAAAAAAUUUGUUGUUAAGGAUCGAAAAGGUAAUACUGAAAUUUACCGAUUAAAUGUUUAUAACAUAUUUUUCAAUACAUCGGUUACCAAUUACAAUAAAUACUACUACUUUUUUCAUUUUUUGGAGCUUAUUUUCGGAUUAGGCAGUAUGCAUUUCUCUAUAAUUUUUGAUACUUUAUUAAUUUCAACGUGUUUCGCAUUAUCUAGUCAAUUAGAAACACUAAAAAACACAUAUAGUUCUUUAGGACGAAGAACAAUAAAAAAAACAGAAUAUCAUCAAGAAUCGAACAAUUGCAAUGACAAAUGUCAAGAAUUAUUUGAAGACAUUAAAAUGUUAAUUUCUGAUAAUCAAAAUUUGAUUUUGAUGAUGGAACAAUUCUAUGACAUUGUUCGUCCAGUUAUUCUUACUCAAAUAAUCAUAUCUUCAAAUACACAGAUAUUUAUGUCCUACAUGAUAUCAUUGAAUUCAAUCAAUAAUAGCGAUACAGACUCUAUUGAAAUAAUAAAAAUGAUAUGCGCUGUUCCGGUUUUUGGAUUACAACUUUAUUUAAUCUGCUUCUUAUUUGGAAAUAUAAGUGAACAAAAAAAUAGUGUCAACUUUGCAAUUUUUAGCAGUAAUUGGAUGGAUAUGGAUUCAAAAUGUACAAAAUUAAUUCUUUUCGCAAUGAGAAUGAAUAAUGCUAAUCAAUUGAACAUGAAAAUGACAUGGACAAAAGUUGUUAACUUAGAAUUGUUUGUUAAUGCAUUAAGGAUGAGUUAUUCAGUAUUUUCGGUUUUGGUAAAAUCUAACGGAUAAAAUCAAUACUUAAUAAGUAGAUAUUUAUUUAGUUUAUAGUUUAACUAAUAACAAAAAAAUUGUACUUGAAAUAUGUAUUAUCAGUUAAAAUAUUAGUUUGUAUUGUAAGGGUUAAGUGUAGCUAUUAAUAAUAAUAAUAAAAAACAUUGUAAUUUUAUACAAUGAGAAU